GUUUCAUACCACUGCUUUGGCGAGGUAACGCGAUUCCUUCGGCCAAACAGCCCCUCGACACGUGAACUGUCAAGACCCAAAAUCAAAACAUAACCUUUUCAAACGGCGAUGGGCUACGUGUUUGUUUAGUUUGUUGAGAACGAUAGUUAUUAAUUUUUUGUUUUGUUUUGUUUAUUGGUGUCCAAGAGUGGUUUUUGUGUUUAUUUUUGUGCUUUUGUUUUGUAUUCUUAUUAUUAAUAUGUUGUUCGUUUGUGACUGUUCCUUAAACUGCUAGGGGUCUUACUGCAACUGGAAAAAAUGUCCAGACGGAAGCAGAGCAACCCAAAACCUCUAAAAAAUGACACGAUUGAAAAAUUGCCAGUGGAUUUCCGGAACGAAUCAGAAGUAAAAGGUGAAGUGGAAGAUUGGACAAACAAUGGCAACGCAGCCGAUGCUGGUAGAGAUUCUUCUACCCCAGCUCCUUCCACCCCUCCUCCAAAAAGCAACAGUCCAGAACAGCAGGAAGAAGUAAAAACCAUUAUAAAAUCUGAACCGGAGGAGAAACCACCUCGAAUACGACUUAAAGCGAACCUUGCCACUGAUCCUGCUUUACAGCCGCAAUCAAUAAAUUUACCAAACAUUAAAACUGAAAUAGAGUCUAGCCAGUCACCGAUUAAUUCUGCCGAGUAUUUGGCAUCAAUACAAUCAGUUUUAGCAUCUAGAGCCUUUUUGUUGCCGAGUUUGGCGGAGACCGCAGCGAGGCAAGGUACAGACGCUGCUGAAAACAGGGCACCCAGCGUGCCAAUCUAUCAAUGUCAACCGUGUGGUAUACGAUUUUCUUCUCUUAGUACCUUAGAGGCACAUCAAACAUAUUACUGCUCACACCGUGCUAAUAAGUCGAACAAUGACGAAGAUAACAAAUCCGUCGGUGGAGAGCCAAGCGGAAGUCAAUCAGACCAAGAUCCAUCUGAACCUUCAAACAAGAAUAUAAGAACGGGAAAGCAGUACACUUGCACUCACUGUUCCUACAGUGCAGAUAAAAAAGUAAGUCUUAACAGACAUAUGAGAAUGCACACCGUGUCUCCUAGUCCAGUCAACGUCCCUGCAUCAGCCAUUCCAAAUGGGGACAAUGCACCAGAUAGUCAAGAUAGAUACUGCGCCGAAUGUGACAUACGAUUCAGUUCACAGAAAACUUACAAAGCGCAUAAAAUGCACUACUGCAAUUCCAGACAUAACGUUUUAAUGAAAACAGGCAAUUCAUCGACUGUUAAAACAACAUCCAGCUGUACUUCGGGUUCUUCUCCAACGUCUCCUGUUGAAUCUACUACAUGCAGGACUCCGCCAACGCCACCGUCCGCUCAAGUCCCUCCACAGCAAUCGUUUUUAGCGCUACCCACAAAUCCUAUUAUCAUUGUGCCAUAUUCUCUAUUGCGCAGCGCUAGUUUUCUUCCUGGAUUAACAGGUGUGCCAGUAGGACUCCCCAAUCCAGAUACUCCUUGCUUCCUGCUACCAAAUGGAACUUUACAACCAAUGACAUCUGCUAUCAAUGCUUCACAAGCAUCCCAGUCAUCAGAAGUUUUGAAAUCCUCCAAUAAACCUAAAGAAUCCACUAUAAUACGAGAGUCAUCUUCGGCACCUUUAGACUUAAGUGUUAAGAAAUCUCCAGAUCACGGAGAUUUAGUCAUCGAUUGUGGAGAUGAACAAGAAAAGGAAAAUAUGAACAAAGGACGACCUCUCAGUCCAGAAAAAAUCGAAUGUGUGCCAUCUAUUCCCGGAUCACCUCCAUCAACGCCAAUAUCACACGGCACUUCACCAGCUUUAAGUGUUUCGCCGAAAAGAAAACUCGAAGAGACUUCCAGGAGCAACAGCCCUAGACUGAGCAAGACACCAAAAUCAAGCACUGCAGAAAAAUCCAGGAGUCCGGAUACAAAUAUUUCUCCGUUUGACAUUCCUGCACUUCAUCCUCUUUUAAUGAGAGCUGGCGCACUUCCAAUUUUCCCACCAGACGUUCAAAUGCGACUGUCAGAAAUUCCUGCUGCUAUACCACCUUUUACGCCACAGGUUCUGGUUAAGCAAGGAGUGUCUAAAUGUAAAGAAUGCAAUAUAGUUUUUUGCAAACAUGAGAACUACGUUGUACAUAAGAAACAUUAUUGCUCUGCCAGAAUUCAAGAUGACGACGCUUCUAAAACAUCCGGUAGUCCGCCAGUCAGUCCACGAAGUACCGGCACAACAUCUCCUGGUCAAUAUCAACAAUUAAUUUGCGUUGCCUGUGGGAUAAAAUUCACAUCACUUGAUAAUCUAAAUGCACAUCAGGCUUAUUACUGUUCCAAAAAAGGCGAGAUCGAUGUCAGAAAAUGCGGCAAAUGCAGAGGUAUCGCAGAGCCGGGACACCAAUGCAUGCCCCCUGCGGCUUUAGCAGGAUGGAAGUGUCCCUGUUGUGACGUGAUCAGCCCCACAGCUAGUGCCGCACAAAGACACGUGGAAUCGCAUACCGGGGUUAAAGCCUAUCGAUGUAAAAUCUGCAAGUACAAAGGAAACACGUUGAGAGGAAUGAGAACCCAUAUCCGAAUGCACUUCGAUAAGCGGUCUCCUGAUUUACAGGAAGAAAAAUACAUUUCGUACAUAUUAGAAGAUGACGGAACAAACACAAUGGAAGUAAAUGUCGCUCCAAAUGUCCCGGCUGUUUCAAUCGAAAGACCAGUAUCGCCCGCUGCUGAACUUCCACCUAUCGUUUGUCCAAAAUGCCCUUACACGAGCUCCUCUAAAUCCAGCAUCUUGAGGCACAUAAAACAGGUUCACGAACCUCAAGCCGUCGAUGAGACAGUCAUCAAUGGCACGGAGGAUAAGAAUCGAUCCAUGCCCUCACUUGAGGAAGAAGAGGAGGAUGAAAUCAUCGUCAAAAAGGAAGCCAUGGAGCCAGAAGUCAUAAUUGCUCCUGUGGAAGACGUUAAGGCGGAACCGAUGGAACCCACAGAAAAACCGUUAGAACGCGACGAUUUGCAAGAAGCCAAUAAGCCAGGGCAAAAGUACUGCAAGUCCUGCGAUAUAUAUUUCAACUAUUAUUCCACGUUUAUAGCGCACAAAAAGUUUUACUGUUCGAGCCACGCUGGUGAAAUAACCGCGAAUUCUACUAAUAAUAAUAACAAUCCACCUAAUAGGGCGGCUGAAGCGUCAGUACUAUAAAUGUAGUGUUAAUCUCACAAGAUGUUAAUGAAAUUGUGGUAUAAAGUGAUUAUGAACAGUUUUGUAAUCAGCGAGGAAAGUGUAUUUUAAUUACACCCUGAUAAUAUAUAUGAUACAACCACAUAUUUUUACAAUAUUGAUUUUGUUCAGAAUAAUUUAAUCAUCAAAAUUUUAUUUACAAAUUAUCUAAGGAUAUGAACAGGAAAAUUGUUUCCUCGCUGAUUAAAAACAGGCCAGUUUUGUAUACGCGUAAUUGUUAUUGUAAAAAUGAAUGUCAGUCGCCGUUUUUAACCAAAACGGUCGGCCAUUAUGUUACAUUAUUCCAUUGUAUGUAAAAAUUAUGCAGUUUUUAAAUAUUUGUUUUGUAUAAAGUUAAAGGUUUAUUAAUAUUUUUUAUAGUUUUAAGUUUAGAUUUUUUGUAUAAAAUAUGAAAAAUGUUAUGCCAAAGUGGAACUGAAUUGAUGUGUCACAUAUGAUUUUCCUUUUUGUUUUUAUUGAACCACUGUAAUAAUACGGUUACAUGUGUUAGGCUUCUCCAUUACAGUUUAUUUAGUUUAGUUAAGCAUACAGUUACAACUGAAAAUAGUUAUGUAAAAGUGAAAUUCAUGUUAUUAUAUUAUAUUUAACUGUGGAUAUUUCUGAAAUAUCCUUACAUCAUGAAGACAAUAAAUUAUUUAUUUGUAAUA